CGGAAACAAAUCAGACUUGUGUUGAGGUCGUGAGUCUCCAUCCACCUCUACUCAUGGAUUGUACCUGACUGGGCUUCGGGGAGGACAAACAAGAUUGACCACAGACUGACUGGCAACCAUCUUGGAGAGACAGACGGGUCUGUGUUGUCACCUGAGAGCAGCACCAACAUCUGGACAGAAUGGAGCCUGGGGUUGGACGUCUGCCUCUUCAGGUUGUGGGGGAAAACGAGGCCCUGCAGCAGUUCUUCAGUGGUCAGGAUGUGAGUGGGGUGCUGGACAGUUCGGUUGCCGUGGAUACCAGCAUCCUGGAGCAAUACCUCAGCACUGACAUGGACCCUAAUAACUUAUCUCUGUUUAACUGUGUUCAAAACCUCCCCAGCAUGCUGCCUGACUCGCCUCCUGACUCCUGCUCAGAGGCCUGUUCACCUGCGCAGAUUCCCGAUCUACAACAGGAGCACCGCUACUGGCUCGGCCAGAGGUCUCUUCAGGAACAGUACCCAAGACAGCCAGCUCCUUCGUCCUCAUGUCGCUUCAGGGAUCAAGGCUCCACUUACGUCCACCCUGACCUGCUCCCUCACAAUCCACACCACGCCCUGGACAACACUGGCAUCAAGUCUGGGACUUCGCCUUCCCCACCUGCCUGCAUCCCUCAACACGGUCAUCACUCAUCUGAACACUUAUUUUACCCAAAUCCCAACCACUGCUAUCAGACCUACACCCCACCCACACCCCCCUCUCCAACCAAACCUUCCUCCAACAGCUACUCUGUACCCUGCACAAGUCAAGGUCAGUGUUCGGGAGUAGGAUCACAGACAGCUCAACCUCAGAGCACCACACAGCAAACAUGCUCUUCAGAGAGCAAUAAGAGAAGAAGAACUGAAUCAGAAAACACUUCGGCAACAGUCCACUGUGAGGGUGAUAGCAACGAUCCUUCCUGCGCCCUGGGAUCAUUCCAAAUGCUGAGCUGGGAACAGUACAGACCAGAACAGUGGAGUUGUCUGUUAGACAGCUGCUACCAGACUCUAUCAACUCCUGCUUAUCAUGUUGAGACAGACAAAGGUUUCAACUACUCGCCUUUUGAUGAGUCUUUUAUCUGCCAAAAGAAGAACCACUUCCAGGUCACAGUUCAUAUUGGAGUUGUGGCAGAGGCGCCGUACAUCCGCACACCUAGAGGACCUCAAGCUGUGGACCAUUUCCUCAUAAAAGUUUUUGGAGUUAAGCGUGAAGCUCCCAGUUACCAGGUGACUAUUGAGCAGUCUCAACCUGACCGCAGCAAGAAGCCUUUUCAUCCAGUCAGAGUCAGUCUGCCCGGGGGUAAAAUAACCAAGGUAACGCUCGGCCGCCUGCACUUCAGCGAAACAACUGCCAACAACAUGAGGAAGAAAGGCAAGCCCAACCCGGACCAGAGAUAUUUCCAGAUGGUGGUGGCUCUGUAUGCAUCAGUGAAAGAAGAAUGUUUUCUUCUGACUGCGCUGAUGUCUGAGAAAAUCAUUGUCAGGGCUUCAAACCCGGGUCAGUUUGAGAUAGAUGGGGAUCCCUUAUGGCAGCGUGGAGCACAGCAAGACACUCUGGUCUGUCAAGGUAGAGUCGGCAUCAACACCGACAGUCCUGAUGAGGCCCUUGUCGUGUGUGGAAAUGCCAAAGUGAUGGGCACCGUAAUGCAGCCGUCAGACAGCAGAGCCAAGGAGAACAUACAUGAGGUGGACUCUGAGCAGCAGCUGAAGCGAAUCAACCAAAUGAGACUUGUUGAAUUUGAUUACCGACCAGAGUUUGCCUCCACAAUGGGCAUAGAUCACAGCCACCAGACAGGAAUACUGGCCCAGGAAGUGAAGGAGCUGUUGCCGUCAGCAGUAAAAGAAGUGGGGGAUGUCACCUGUGCUGAUGGAGAGACGAUCCCUAACUUCCUCAUGGUCGAUAAGGAUCAGAUUUUCAUGGAGAAUGUCGGAGCGGUGCAGCAGCUUACCAAACUGACAGACAACCUUGAGACGCGAAUAAAAGAGCUGGAGGGUUGGAACCGACGACUGGCGAAGCUCAAGAGCAUGAGUGGCAGCCUGCGCUCUACUGGGAAAUUCAGGAAACAAAGCUGUACAUCUGUAGCUCCAAGUCCUGACCCCGGUAAGCCAGGGAAGGAACAGAAGGAAGGCUGGAGUCACAAGUACCAUGACUGCAUGCAGCACAAGGUCUUUAAGGCCAGCGUCUUCACCCUGUUAGCUACCAUGGCCUUCUGCGUCAUCUCCAUCACCACGCUCUACCUGGUGACACUGAAGGAGGACAACUCAGUCACCUUCCCUGGCUACAGUAACUGCACUGUGGCUCCGAUGUUGCCCACAGAUUCACAGACAGCCUCACCAACAACGCCUUCAGGGCCUUGGCCCCCUGAUGUGGACUUCUGUGACCUGCUCUACUGCCAGCAGGUGUACUGUUGUCCGUCGCCAGAGAGCAGCACAGGCUCCAACAUCAGCACCACAUAUUCACCAGAGGAAAUUCCCCCAGAAGGGCCUGGAAAUGACAUAUUCUUCGAGAAGCUCAAAAAGUCCCAGGACUGGAGGAACACAACUAUCCACACCAUCAUGAUUAAAGAGAGUCAGCAGGUGAUUGACAGCAAGUACUGCGUGAGGGAUGAAUGCAGACCAGGAAGAUUUAUCUUCCGAGUUCCCAUCAGCCAGUUUGUGCCGGAAAACAUGAAAGUCACCCUGCUGAUGAACUCAACAGAGGUGUUGGUCGUCCAUCUUUGUAGUUUUGUGGAGUCGGAGGUUUGUUCUUCACUUUUGGAUAUAAACACUGUCAAUGGGAUCAGAUAUCCAGGAAACACACAGGGUGAGCAUGAAUGGCCCCUCCACGUUGCUCGACUUUACCGGAGCUCUUAUCAUUUUCGUGCCACUGUUGCUGGCUUGGCAGACUGCAGUACCGAUCAUCACUUUGGGGGGGCGCUCUUCACAGACUACCACUUCCACUUCUACAGACGCUGCAAUGACUGA